UCAGCUCCCUCAGUGCACAGUAGACCGUGAUGGUGUGAGGACGCUCGCCGCCCCUGCUCCCUGGAUUACCACAUAAAAGUGUUUCUCUUCUCACAAACAACAUUAAAAGUGUCGCCGUCAUGCGGAUACCUUCCCUGCUCCUCGCCUGCACCCUCCUGCUGGGCCCGCUCACCCGCACACAGGUCCUCGCCAGUAGCAGUAGCAGCAAGAACACCGAUGACCUGUAUCUGGAUGACUUCGGCUCUGGGGAGGGACCUGAGGGGCUGCCUGAGGUGACCCUGACCCACUUGGACCACGAGGGCUCAGGCUACGGCCCCGGGAAUGAUAGGUCACCAUACGGGGCUGUGUACGACUACGACGACACUGAGGACGACUAUGAUGAUUAUGCUGAAGGGAUCGGCGAGGAGGUUAUCAUUGAGGGGUCUGGCGUUUUUAUUGACGUGGACGACUCUGAUAGGGAGCCGGAAGUCAAAGAAGAGGUCAUUGUGAAGGAGGGCACACGGGUUAACGAGGCGCCGCCCCCACCACCGGCGUCUGCUACCACCCCGCCGCCCACCAUGACAGACCGUAGUGGGCGUGGCAACGUUGAAAGUCCUUUCCAAAUACACACCACCAUGACAGAGGAAAGACAAGUCUCCAUCUUCGCACAGCCGGGCAUCCUUGCAGCCUUCAUUGGGGGUGCUGUGGUGGGGCUGCUGUGUGCCAUCCUCCUCGUCAUGUUCAUCGUCUACCGCAUGAGGAAGAAGGACGAGGGUUCCUAUCCCCUGGACGAGCCCAAGCGGAUGCCCCUCACCUCAUCCUACUCACCCAACGACAAAGAGAUUUACGCCUAACUCAUCCGCCCCUUCCACACCCAUACGCCCCCCACACUCCCUCCCGGCGCCCCCCCACAGGUGCCAGAGAAGCGGUCACAUACACUAUUCUCAUUUCAUAUCUCCAUUACCCCCUUAAUCAUCCCCGUCUUUUAUCAAUGCCCCUUUUUCAGCUCCCCUUUGUAACCCGCCACCCCUCUUGUCACAUUCAUGGCUCCCCACACCCCUCCCCUGUGCAUCCCCCUCCUCACACCCCCUACCUUUUUUGCCUGGGGUGUGGGGUGGGUGUCUGACAUCCUGUACCAUGUAGAGGAUGUAUAGUGCAGGGGAGAAUAGGUUUUUUGUCCUCCCAUUUGCCCUCCCAUGUCCCCCAUGCACUAAAUGUACACACAUACGCACAUACCUUCCCCCCCAUUAACAUACGCACACAUGUACACAUCCUCCCUGCACUCAACGACUGUCCCCUUUCUUAGUGUACACAUACAUACACAUACAGACACACACAUACACACACACACACAUUUUCCAUUUACUCAAAGGAUUAUUGUCAGAAGGAAGUUAAGGUUACAGCUCUCCUCCUCCUCCUCCCUGGAAGAAGAAGAAGAAGAAGAAGAAGAAGAAGAAGAAGCAGCAGCAGAAGCAACACUAGCAUUACUAUUGUGUAUAUGUGAAUCAUGGUUUGUGAGAGAUGAGAGAGAUUAUUGGCAACUCACAUCUCACUGUCUCUCUCUCGAUCAACAGAGACAAAUUAACUACUGGUCUUUCUAUCCUUCGGUCUCUCAGUGGCCGUGUGUUUAAGUAAGAGACCAGAUCAAUAUUAAACUCAUUCUGUGUCUAUUUCUGUAUCUCUCAUCUCUCAUCUCUCUCUCUCUCUCUCUCUCUCUCUCUCUCUCUCUCUCUCUCUCUCUCUCAACGACACUUAACACAUCCUUUCCUUAAUUAUUCACUGUUAAAUUCAUCACAAAAUCAAUUAUCUUUUUAUCCUGUACACACUUUUAAAGACCCCCUAGUUUCAAGUUAGAGAGAGUCACCGCUGGGCACACGUUUCCAAAAGGCUCAGUUUGUGGGGUGUCUAAACUUCCAUAGCUCAAAAAACAACAGGGUAUUGAAGAAGAGAGAGCAGUGAUGGUGUUGGUAGAGUUUACAUGCCUGGUUAGCUGAUGUUUGCCACCUGAGUCUUGGUUUGGCCUUACAGACAGUGCCACUUCUCUCUUGUUUUUGUUUUUUCUUCAUUUUAACUUCUUCUCUUUUCUCUAUUCUACUGUUUCUUAUUCCCUCCUAACUCCUUUCAUUUAUUGUAUUGCCUCUUUCUUUCCUUUCUUUAUCUUAUCAUCUUCCCUUUCCUUCUCUUUCUUGUACUGCUCCCCCAUUCUCUUCCAACUUCUUUCUUUCCUCUGUUUUAUGCUCCUUUCUUUCCAUCCUUUCCUCUUUUCCCAUCCUUCCCUUAUUCCCUGUGUGUGUGCUGUACAAGGGGAGAUCAGGCUAAGUGAAAUGGUGAUAUUCUGUUAUGCUAGAGUGUUUUUGUGUCAGACUCAUGAAAAUGUUGUGUUACUCUUUUGUUUAACUCCAUAAUAUGUUUCUUGAAUCUUGUGUUUGUGUUUUUGGUGGUGAAAAGUCCAGAUGGGAUAUGUUUUAUGCCAUGAUUCGAAAUAUUUCUUGAUUUUCAUGGGAUUUUGGGGAAUAGAAAGGGAGAUUAGUGGGAAGUAGAUGAAGGAAGUAAGAAUUUUGUGCCUCUGUUGAAUGCUAUCACUGAGUCUUCAAAAGGAGGAAAGGAUGGAAGGAAGGAAGAAAAUAGGAAAAAAAGAUAAGGAGAAAGGAGAAAAAGAGGAGGAGGAGGAGGAGGACACACAGAAACAGUAACCAAAGCAGCUGUCAUCUGUCUCUUACCGGGAAAGUGAGUCAGCUGGCCACUCCCUCAGUCCACAAUGUAAGGGGAAAGCACCAGCGAGGCCUGAGACACACACACAGACAGACAGAUAGACAGACGCUGCCACCUUCCACAUGUGUACAUAGGGUGUAGUAUUUCAUUGGCAAGGUCUACAUGUGUGUCACUAAGGCAGAAACUAAGUGGUAUAUACAAUGGAAGCUUUAUUGAGUGUUUUCCGGUACGUAAUAAAAAAAAAAAAACAUUUCUUGAUUAAGGAAUUUUCGAUACGUUAUUUUUUUAGUUGUGGGAAAAUUUACGGACACUUUUCAUUUUUUUGUAUUACGGUUUAUAAAGGGAGAAAUUAUUGGGUGUUGCUUGUAAUUAGGUGACAGUUUGGGACAACACAGGUGCAAUUUAGGGAAACAUUGCAGAGUAGCGCGGGAAAACACAGAUGUGGGACUUAGGGUAAAUUGAUGGUGCUUGAGUUUUAAUUAGAUGCAGGUAAGAGCAGGUGUUGAGGUGAGGCAGGGAAACAAAGGAACAAAUGUGUGUUUUAAUUAAGGUGUUGUUUUUGUAAAGCUCGGAAUAUUAGGUUCACCACACAUACAUGCACAUACACACGCAUACAUACACACAGACAGGGAGGCUUUGAACUCAGAACUUCAAAAAAGAACAUUGCAAGGUUAACGCUUAUGAAAGAACAAGUAAAAAAGAAAAUAUGAAUAAAAAAACAAAAAACAAACAAGAAUAGACAGAUUUCAUGGAGCAAUCAAUAUACAAUAGGGGAAAAUGACAAUGGUUUACACACACACACACACACACACACACACACACACACACACACACACACACACACACACACACACACACACACACACACACCACC